GCCUCCUCCAGAAACAGAACAGUCCGUCUGGUGCACGAAAACUUCUGGACCCGGAAGAUAUCUUUAAUUUGAUCAAUUAACCUUAAAUAGUAAUGAAGCAACACAACGUAGGAACGAGAACAAAAACUGAGAUGAAAAGCUUCAAAUGAAUGGAGAACACAGGGAGGAUUGGCCAUGGCAGCCCAUCGAAUAAUCAGCAUGACGAGCAACAAUCACUGCCUUCCUCGCUGCAAGUCUGAGGGGACACUUGUGGAUCUCGGCGUGGGGGGGCCAGCCAGCCUCAAUCAAAUCAAAGUGCCUUCUCCAAGUGCCUUAAAACUCGACACAGCAGCUUCCUUUGGGGCUGUACAGGAAGUGGUGGCCAUCAAGGAUUACUGCCCCACAAGUUUAACCACCCUGACAUUUUCCAAAGGUGAUCGACUCUUUAUUCUGGACACUUCAGGCGGCGAGUGGUGGUAUGCCCACAAUAACAAAGAGAUGGGAUACAUCCCGGCUUCUAGUGUCAAAUUACUCAACUUCAGGAAUUCUUCCUUCAGUGAUAGCGGAAUGAUUGAGAACCUUGGAGAGGAAGAGGAGGAGUUGAAGGAGUUUCAAGGGUUUGGAGAGUGGGCAGGAGUGACAUUAAAAGCCUCUCCAACUAACAACCACCUUCCCUUUUCUGUUAACCCCUCCACCCGUCCUUUAAAUCAGAAGUGUAAAGCGUCAAGUGUAACAAAUGGGACUGAUUUGAGUCUUUUUGAUACUCUUGCACCUCCAACUAGCUACAACUUUGUCACCAAUAAUAUCAAUUUUAGUAUCCUCAACAGCUUUCCCAAACAAGAGGCCAUGCAAAACGUCCAUAAGGAUCAUCCUCUUCUAAGGAGUAAGCAUUCCCAGUGUCUUUCUCAACUCUCUAUUCUUCAAACAAAAUCAAAUCCGAACAUACCUUCCUCAUGUUUCUUCACCGAUCUGAAGGCGCCUUCGCCAGAGCAAUUUCAGAGUCGUGAGGACUUCAGAAAUGCAUGGCUCAACCACCGAAAGCUGGCCAGGUCAUGCCAUGACCUGGUAUCACUGGGCCAGAGUCCCGGUUGGGGUCAGACCCAGCCGACUGAGACAAGCAUUGCAUGUAGUUUAGAUAGCAGUGGAGGUGUGGUUCAACUCCCAGACACCCACAUUAUUAUGCACGUUCCUGAAGGUCACGUUUGCCACGGCGACUGCCAGCAGAUCUCCAUGAGAGCCUUACUGGAUCUUCCCCUGGAACUCAACAAUGACAAUUGCUCCACUGUUAGCCCAGUGGUGGAGAUCAAGUUCAGCAACAUGCAGAUCAAGUCUUUUGUAACAUUGGAGAUUAAAGUAUCAGUCACGCUAAAGAAGGACAGCUGCCACUCCGCUGAGGUGCUUUGUGUUCGGAGCAACUGCAAAGAUGGGCCUUACAUCCCCAUUCCUGGUUGUUAUAUUUAUAAGGACAUGGUUCAAGUGCGUCUGGACAGUCUUGAGCCAUGCAUGUAUGUGGUGGUUGUAGUUCAGUCACUGUGCAUUAGUCACAGCAUGACUGUGUGGAAUCACAUGCAGAGGAAGCUAACGCUUGGUGUUUAUGGGCCCAAGCACAUCCACCCUUCCUUUAAGACAGUUGUUGCCAUGUUUGGGCAUGACUGCGCCCCUAAGACCUUACUGGUGAGUGAGGUGGGUUGUUCGGCUUGCUCCACCCCUCCAGUCACCCUCCAGUUGUGGGGGAAGCAACACUUUGUUCUGGGCUUCCCCCAAGACCUCCAAGUGUGGUUGUAUCCCAGUGUAUCUAACUAUCAGGUAAAAGCCAAUAAUGGUGCAGGGAGGAUCCCGGGAUUCCAACUUAAACUGGCGAAGGUUAGCCAUCUUAUCUAUAUGAUGUCAUCGCAUGACCCCAAUAUCAUCUCAGAAUUCACUCUGAAGGUCCAAGUGAAGGACAUGCUGGACUGCAUCCUCACCCAAUUCUGCAUCCAUACGCCCCAACCGCUGCCGAAGUCUGGAGCAAGGACGACGGGCCAAAGGAGAUUCUUGAAAAAAGGAGAAGUAGAUAAGAUUGCCCUGUCACCAUUGGCUAUCACCUCUAAAUACCCAAAAUUUCAAGACCGGUGCAUUACAAGCCUAAAAUUUGGGAAGCUGAUUAAAACAGUAAUACGGCAACCCAAGAGCAACUACCUCCUGGAAUACAAGAAGGGGGAUGUGAUCGCUCUGGUCAGUGAGGAGAAAAUUAAACUAAGAGGGCAAUUACGCACUAAAGAGUGGUACAUUGGAUACUAUCAGGGGAGGAUGGGGCUCGUCCACGCCAAGAAUGUGUUGAUUUUGGGUAAGGUCAAGCCAAUUUACUGGUGUGGGCCUGACCUGACGACGAUGACGCUGCUAGAACAAAUCCUCAAGCCUUGCAAAUUUCUUACAUAUAUCUAUGCCACUGUUAGGACAGUUCUAAUGGAGAAUGUAGGAAAUUGGAGAGCGUUCGCUGAUGCACUGGGCUACGGGAACAUGUCACUCAAUUACUUCUGUCGGACCGCACAGGACAAUGAGCCAGAGAAGGUAGCAUGUGUUCUGGAGAAACUCAAAGAGGAGUGCACCAAUGAGGAGAACAAGGAGAGGAAGUCAUUUCAGAGGGAACUCAUGAUGGCCUUGCUCAAGAUGGACUGCCAGGGUCUAGUUGCCAGACUGGUUCUGGACUUUGUCCUCUUAACCACAGCUGUAGAGGUGGCCUCCCGCUGGAGGGAACUUGCCGAGAAACUGGCCCGGGUGUCAAGACAGCAGAUGGAAGCUUACGAGGCACCGCACCGUGACAAAAGCGGCGAGCUGGACAAUGAGUCCAUGUGGAAACCAGCCUACGACUUCCUGUUGACGUGGGCAGCGCACGUAGGGGACAGCUACCGUGAUGUCCUCCAAGAGCUCCACUUGGGCCUGGACAAGAUGAAGAACCCCAUCACCAAGAGGUGGAAGCACCUGACCGGCACUCUCAUUCUCGUCAACUGCCUCGACAUCCUCCGAAGUGCCGCCUUCUGUCCCACUGGCUAUGGUGACUUUGCCAUCUGAGUUGCAACCUUUGCCAGUAUCCAAGGCCAGUCCGGCUUUUGCGCUCCCUUAUCCAUGGCUAAAGGCUCUGCACUCCUGGUAUCAUCCACCAGUCGAGUAUUGAUCUUUUUUGAUCCCCCAAAAUAAAAAAGAAAGCUAGGUGAAUUUAUUUUCUCUUUCAUAAUGCAUAAAAUGUCAUUCAUUAUUAUCUGUAUUGCGACUUCGCACCCCCCUUAUGGAAGUUAAUCUUGUCCAGUUGAACUGGCCUCACAACGUCAUAACCAUCAGCCAUGCAGUUUGGGAGCAGGUAGACGAUUUCGUAAAAAUAAUUCAUCAUUGUAAUCCUUAACAUACAGUCAAAGAAAGAAAGCAGGUUGGGAAAUAAAUCCCAAAUUAU